GUAUCCUCUAUCGAUGGCUCAUCGUUGUUUUUUUCUACAAGAAAGAUCCUCAAAUACAACACGCCUUCUUUGUCGCUUGUGGCAUUGUCCUUUAUUUCUUCAAUUAUGGAUUCACCAUCUAUCACAGUCUCAUCUCAAUCCUUCUUGCCUACGUGAUUACGAAUUUCCUGCGCGGCAAAAAUGAGGCUGUUUGCGCGGCACACAUCGCAUUUUUGGGCCAUCUACUCGUUGGAUAUUGGUUUGCCGAAACGGACACCUACGAUAUCACGUGGACGACUCCGUUCUGCAUAAUGUGUCUACGAUUUAUCGGACUUGUGAUGGAUGUGUAUGAUGGACAACAUUAUGACUCUUUAAAAGCUGACCAAAAGCUCACAGCAAUUCGUGACCCACCGAGCCUUCUUGAGACAGCUGCUUUUGGUCUCUUCUUCACAGGAACUUUGGUUGGACCUCAAUUCUCACUUGCUCGCUUCCGCGCCUUUGUCAACGGAGAUUUUCUUGAUGAGCAAAACAACUUUACCUUGAUCGAUCGGGUACCCGGGUGGAAAGAGUUUAACCAACAGACAUGGAUGCGACCGAUUUGCUGGCUUACCGGAAAGAUGAUCAUCUCUUACUCAAUGGGUUUCGCCUUUCUCACCUUCGGACUCAUCAAGACGAGACUUUGGUACAAGCCUCUCUUCUCGCUCUACGGUAUUGGAUACAUUCUCUACUUUGUUGCAUGGCCAAUCCUUUUCCAGGUUCUCAAAAGAAAACUUCCACUCAAGAAUUUAACUUCUGCUAGCAUUUAUGAGGUUCCAAUCGUCAACACCUCUCGCUAUCCGGGCAUCGAGAUCAAAAUCGGAACACCUAGGCAAUUGAUUUACUGUGAGUAUUUGAAUGUCGAGUUCUACGGGAUGAUCAUCGUUGAUGGAUACGAUCCAACAAAGUCGAUCACUGCUAAGAACAUCACGCUCACCGAUAACAACGAUUUCACGCUGAUGGAAGAUACAAUCUACAUCUCAAACGUACCGCUACCCAAUUAUCGCUUCAAAUUUCUCAACUAUGGCUCGUCGAAUAAAGUGAAAAAACGAUUGGUUCACGGGAAUUGCAAUCUUUUCAUGGGACGGUUGGCAAAUGGAACAAUGGUGUCACCGGUAAAAGAAAUGAAUCAAUAUCUCGAUCAAGCGAUUCUCACAUAUAACAUUCGAAACUUCACAGCCGACGUUGAGAUGGGAUCGAUGACAUGGGGAGGAGUGGACACGAAAAAUUGUGGGAAUUUCAAAUGGUAUGAUUCGUAUGGGGAAUCCGGAUGGAAUCUCUGGUUUACUGGAGCUUCUGUCGGAAAUCAAUCAAUUCCCCAGCCCGGCUACGGGGACAUUUAUUUGACCGAUGCCGCCUUUUCCGCUCCAUUUUCUCUGAUACAAAACCUUCUCAACUAUGGCAAUUUUGUUUAUGAUGAUUUGAGGGGAAUGUACUCAAUGCCUUGUUCAACUUUUCCAAAAUUGCCUCCAAUCACGUUUUUCAUCGAAGGAAAUCCGAUCACCGUUCAACAAGAUUAUUAUGUGACUCAAAUCUACGACGAUUGCUAUAUCAAUAUCGAGGCUCAAGGAUCUCUACCAUUCAUUUAUUCACUUCCAUAUUAUAUUCAACGAUAUUUCUGUGUGGCGAUCAACUAUCAGAGUUUACAGAUUGGAUUGGCUCCUGUGAAA